AUGGAGAACUUAGAGAAGUUUAAAGAAUGGACAAUCAAAACGAAAAAAUUUCCCAGAGACAUGAAUGAGAUAUUACUUGAACGUUAUCUAAAAACUUGUGAAGAUGAUCUUGUUAAAGCACAGAACUUGCUCGAACAUAACUUAAUGCUUAGAAAGGAAGGCCCGCAGUUAUUUACAAAUCGCGAUAUUAUGUCGGAAGAAAUUCAAACGGCAAUGAGCGUAACAAAAUUGACGGCCUUUCCUAAGCUGACAUCUGAAAAUUACAGAAUUUUUAUGACUAGAAUUGAUCCCGACCCGACACAUUUUGAUUAUCUUCAAUCAAUAAGAUCAGCUCUUAUGUUGUAUGAUGCUUGUGAUGUGAUGUACGAUGAUGAAGAGAAUAAAACCAUCGCUUCUGGAUACAUUUUCAUUGUAGAUGCCAAGGGAAUGUCAUUUCAACAUUCCAUGAAAGCGAUGAAACAUUUUUCAACUGCUCGACUGUACACUCGUUACGUUCAAGAAGCAGUUCCAUUUGUGAUUAAGAAAAUGCAUGUCUUCAACUCUUCAUGGGUUCUUGAUAGAAUGUUUAAGCUUUUCCGUCCUUUUAUAAAAAAGGAGAUUUACGAGAUGAUAAAUUUUCACACUGAAGGACCUCAUCUAAUGACAAACUACUUGCCGAAAGAAUUUCUUCCUUCAGAUUAUGGCGGCGAUCUUCAACCAAUUGAUGAAAUUCAUAAAGAUUUUAUUAAGAAAAUUGAAGGAAAACGGGAAUAUUUGAUGAAUGAUGACAAUUGGAAACUUUUGCAAUGA